AUGAAUUCUGAAUUUGAGAGGGAGAUUGGGUUUAUAAACAGCCAGCCAUCGCUCGCCGAGUGUUUGACUUCCUUCCCCGCUGUCUUGGAGACAUUUCAAACUUCAUCAAUCAAGGAGUCGACAUUAAUUCCUCCUCCUCCUCCUUUCGAGCAAGCCUUCCCCAGCCUUCAGCCCAGCGCCUCCACCCUUCAGAGACCCAGGAGCCAAAAGCGAGCCGAAGAUGGGUCCGCUCUGCCGCCGCCACCGCCGCUCCCCGUCGCCCCCCCGGCCCCCGAGUUCCCCUGGAUGAAAGAGAAGAAAUCCGCCAAGAAAGCCAGCCAAUGCGCCACAUCUCCUUCUCCAGCCGCCUCCUCCGUCCCGGCCUCCGGGGUCGGAUCGCCAGCAGAUGGUCCUGGACUGCCUGAGGUCGGCGGCGGCGGGGCGCGCCGGCUGCGAACCGCUUACACCAACACGCAGCUCUUGGAGCUGGAGAAGGAAUUCCACUUUAACAAGUACCUGUGCCGGCCGCGCCGCGUCGAGAUCGCGGCCUUGCUGGACCUCACCGAAAGGCAGGUCAAAGUCUGGUUCCAGAACCGGCGCAUGAAACACAAGAGGCAGACGCAGCAUCGAGAGCCGUCCGACGGGGAGCCAGCCUGCCCGAGCGCCCUGGACGACACCGGCGACCCUGCCAAGGAGCCCGCGGCCAGCCCGGGCCGUACCUCGGCCCCGCGGGCGGCGCCCGAAGCCUGCUGUCACCCGCCCGAGGUCGCACCCGGGCCCGCUGGCGUCCCGGGCCCCCGGCCUUUGGCUGCUCGCAUGGAGGGCGCGGGGGCGCCAAGUCCGGGCUGCGCGCUGCGCGGGGCUGCCGGGCUGGAGCCGGAGCUGUUGCUGGAAGACGCCUUCCCUGAGCCCCAGGAUUCGCCUUUCCUGCCCGACCUCAACUUCUUCGCGGCUGACUCUUGUCUCCAGCUCUCCGGAAGCCUCUCGCCCACCUUGCAGGGCUCGCCUGAUAGCCCGGUUCCCUUUUCCGAGGAGGAGCUGGACUUCUUUACCAGCACGCUCUGUGCCAUCGACCUGCAGUUCCCCUGA